UUUUAAAAAAAUGGCAAACUCGGGGUUGCAGAGAAUAAUGGGCAAAACUAGUUGGUUGUGCAAAAAGUGUUCUUUAUUUUUGUUAGAGAGAGAAAUGAGAUUUCUGGAGAGGAGAGAGAAAGAAAGCAAGGAUCUGCAACAGCGGAUGUGCAAAAAUCCUUAAAAUUCGAUUCAGUCACUUUGAAAAGCAAGGAGAAAAAGAAGAUGAUGAGUAGUACUUCACAUUAUUUUAUUCCUAGAGUGUAUCACUUCCCAACAAGUUGUUGAUAAUAAAAGCAGAAAUUUUGUUUAGUAAGAGAAGAAGAAGAAGAAUAGUAAGAGAAGAAGAAGGAAGGCUUAAUUGCGAAGUAGUUUUAACAAGAUUUGGGUGUUUUGGGAAACCAAUCCAAAGAAGGCACAACUAUAAUAUCUUCAAGAACACCCAAUAGUUUGUUGUGUUUCUCCCCCUCCUGUGGUUGUGCUUCGCUGGUCAAACUCACUAUUUUAUGGUCCAUUGAACAGCAAACUUGCUGUUCUUUGGCUGUACUCUUUCGUCCUCGCUCACAGGGAGGACAGUACAGGUUUCCUUGUAGAGGUGGAAAGUUGGAGUAACUUUUUUCACUCUUUCAGUCACCCCUUUCUCCUUGCAGUUUGAGUUAUUUUUGCUACUCUUGAGGGACCUUCAGGCAAGCCUUGUUCUACUCCAUGCUUAUUCCAUUCUAUGAGGUGGUGAGUUGUGGAUGAAAAAGGCACUGAAGUGGUGGGGCGUUGUUCUUGUUGAGAUGGGUCAAAAGGUGGUGGUUCAAAAAAGCCAAAGCAGACACCACAUGGUGACGAUGAGGUUGAAUGAGCAGUUGAACAGAAAGAAAAGGUACCCAUGGAUUCACAGGUAUUGGCUCCCAAAGCUGUUGACCCUAUGGCUUCUAGCAGCUUCCCUGGUCAGCUGGGCCAUAUUCAGUUACCUAGACAAUGGUAACAAGGUGAGGAGGAACGAGACACUGGUGAGUAUGUGUGAUCAGAGGGCCAGAAUGUUACAGGACCAAUUCAGUGUUAGCGUUAAUCAUGUCCAUGCCCUUGCCAUCCUCGUCUCCACUUUCUAUUACAACAAGAACCCCUCUGCAAUCGAUAAGGAAACUUUUGCCGAGUAUACGGCGAGAACAGCUUUUGAGAGGCCAUUAUUGAGUGGUGUGGCAUAUGCUGAGAGAGUUAUGAAUUUCCAGAGGGAGAACUUUGAGAAGCAGCAUGGAUGGACUAUUUGAAAAAUGGAUAAAGAGCCUUCUCCCAUUCGGGAUGAGUAUGCCGCGGUCAUACUCGCUCAAGAAACUGUUUCUUAUCUCGAAUCAAUCGACAUGAUGUCUGGAGAGGAGGACCGUGAAAACAUAUUGAGAGCCAGGGCGACUGGGAAAGCUGUUCUGACAAGUCCCUUCAGGCUUCUCGGUUCUAACCACCUUGGUGUUGUUUUGACAUUCCCUGUUUACAAAUAUACGCUGGGUGCUUACCCAUCCCAACAAGAAAGGAUUCAAGCAACUGCAGGAUACAUUGGUGGAGCCUUUGAUGUUGAGUCACUUGUAGAAAACCUGCUUGGCCAACUAGCUGGAAACCAAGGAAUUGUGGUAAAUGUAUAUGACAUUACCAACUAUUCUGACCCUCUAGUCAUGUAUGGACAGCAAAACCAAGUGGGAGACCUGUCCCUUAAGCAUGUAAGCAAGCUUGAUUUCGGAGAUCCGUUUCGUAAGCAUGAGAUGAUAUGUAGAUAUCUUCAAAAGGCGGCUACAUCAUGGGCUGCUUUGAUCAUUGCUUCCUUUUUCUUUGUGAUUGCCGUUUUGGUCGGAUACAUCUCAUACGGUGCUGCAUUUCACAUCAUUAAAGUGGAGGAUGAUUUCCACAAAAUGCAGAAAUUGAAGGUUAAAGCUGAAGCUGCUGAUGUUGCCAAAUCUCAGUUUUUAGCCACUGUUUCCCACGAAAUAAGAACUCCCAUGAACGGAAUCCUAGGAAUGCUUGCUCUACUAUUAGAUACAGACAUGAGUUCGACUCAAAGAGAUUAUGCACAAACAGCACAAGCUUGCGGUAAGGCACUGAUAACGUUGAUAAAUGAAGUGCUAGAUCGGGCAAAGAUUGAAGCUGGAAAGUUAGAACUUGAGACUGUCCCUUUUGGUCUUCGUUCCAUACUUGAUGAUGUCCUCCCUUUAUUCUCAGAGAAGUCUAGGAAGAAGGGCGUUGAGUUGGCGGUCCUCGUCUCUGAUAAGGUUCCUGAAAUUGUAAUGGGAGAUCCAGGAAGAUUCAGGCAGGUCAUAACAAAUUUGGUUGGUAACUCUGUCAAAUUCACAGAACGAGGACAUGUGUUCAUUCAAGUUAGUCUAGCCGAAGAGGCACAACCAACGAGCGAAGCAUGCCUGAAUGGAGUAGGAUCUGUUCAAACCUUAAGUGGUUUUGAAGCUGCUGAUAAUCGGAGCAGUUGGGACAAUAUUAAGCAUGCUGAUGAAACAUUUUACUAUAAUAAGAACAAUAAUACAGAUGGAAACGAUGAAGACGCCCCGUCUUCUGAGAAGGAUAUAGUCACACUGAUGGUAUCAGUUGAAGAUACUGGAAUUGGGAUCCCUUUGCAUGCACAGGACAGAGUGUUCACUCCCUUCAUGCAAGCAGACAGUUCCACUUCCAGAAACUAUGGAGGGACCGGGAUUGGAUUGAGUAUAAGUAAGUGUCUGGUUGAGCUGAUGGGUGGUCGUAUAACUUUCAUCAGCCGUCCCGAUAUAGGCAGUACCUUCUCUUUCACUGUUAAGUUCCAAAGGUAUGAGCCAAUAAAUGGAGACAUUGAAUUGAAAAAGAGUCUUCCAGACGACUUGCCCUUGUCGUUCAAAGGACUAAGAGCUAUCGUAGUUGACCGGAAACCAGUUAGAGCUUCUGUUACUAGGUAUCAUCUCAAGAGACUUGGUGUGCAUGUUGAGGUGGUAGACAGCAUUAAGAAAGCAUCAUCAGCUUUAUCUGGGAGAAAUGGUUCCCUGAUUUCCACUCAGCCCGAGCCAGAUGUGAUUCUUGUAGAGAAAGAUGUAUGGAUAUCUGAAGAAGGAGAGUUAAAUUUGUUCCUGUCAAAUUUGGUGAAACCAAAUGGACAUACGUACAAAAAGAUACCACCAAAGGUGAUUCUUCUUGCAGUCGAUAUUUCUGGUUAUGAGUUUGAGAAAGCGAAAGCAGCGGGAUUUGCAGAUACCAUAAUUAUGAAGCCGUUGAGGGCAAGUAUGGUGGGAGCAUGCCUUCACCAGGAAUUGGGAAUGGGAAAGAAGAUCCCACAAGAUAAAGACAGGUGUAAAGGAUUGUCAUUGAGAGGCCUACUGUGUGGAAAAAGAAUAUUGGUCGUUGAUGAUAAUCGGGUUAACCGGAGAGUUGCUGCUGGUGCGUUGAAGAAGUUUGGGGCUGAUGUGGAGUGUGCCGAGAGUGGGAAAGCUGCCCUUGCAUUGCUAGAGAUACCCCACAAUUUUGAUGCCUGCUUCAUGGAUAUUCAGAUGCCUGAAAUGGAUGGAUUUGAAGCAACACGUCGUAUUCGUAACAUGGAAAAAGAAGCAAAUGAGCGCGGGGCGAACGGAGGAAGGCCUGAGUGGCAUGUGCCAAUAUUGGCCAUGACUGCCGAUGUCAUUCAUGCCACGUCAGACAAAUGCCUCAAAUGCGGGAUGGAUGGAUAUGUCUCGAAGCCGUUUGAGGAAGAGAAUCUCUACAAGGCCGUUGCCAAGUUCUUUGAGUCGGGGCCCCCGCCUGAUAAUUAGUAUUCUGGACAAUUUUCCACGUUUGCCGCUGGUGUUUGCAGGUUAAGCAUUGUGCUGUUGAUAGCCAUAGCCUGUUUCAGUGUAACUACUUUGCUACGAAAUGUGUGUGAUGUAUACUGCUCCUGAAAUCAGAAUGGUCCUUCUCCUAGCUGUUGGUACAUUUAAAAGUGGAGAAACUUAAAGGGAUUACAAUCUGACAAUGGAAGCCAUAGAUGUACUUAUUAUACUAUAGAUAUUCUUGUAUGAGGUUGCUAUUAAGGUUUUCCAUUCCUUUAAUGUGUUCAGUAGAACAUGUUCUUUUCACCCUUCAGCAAUAGUUUAAUAAAAUU